UCUCGAGGCGGAGAUCAUGUGAUAUAGCCAAGAUGGCGUCGAUCAGGUUGUUUGUGUCUUGUCUGCUGUUCUCAGGAGCCUUUUGCCGGAUAGAGUUGGAGAGCCGGGCGAUACCGGUGCCUCUGGUGAUUUGGCACGGCAUGGGUGAUAGCUGUUGCAAUCCCGAAAGCAUGGGUUACAUUAAGAAAAUAGUGGAGAAGAAAAUCCCAGGGAUUUAUGUUCUGUCUCUGAAAAUUGGGAGUAAUUUGAUUGAGGACAUGGAGAACAGCUUCUUUAAGAAUGUCAAUGACCAGGUGACACUUGUGUGUGAUAUACUCGCAAAAGACCCCAAACUGAAAGGUGGCUACAAUGCCAUGGGCUUCUCCCAGGGAGGACAAUUCCUGCGAGCUGUGGUACAGAGAUGUCCAACUCCUCCGAUGAUCAAUCUGAUUUCUGUGGGAGGUCAGCACCAAGGUGUGUAUGGGUUUCCACGCUGUCCUGGUGAGAGUUCACACAUCUGUGAUUGGAUCCGAAAGAUGCUUGAUCUUGGGGCCUACACCAAGUCGGUCCAGGAGCGUUUGGUACAAGCUCAGUAUUGGCAUGAUCCACUGAAUGAAGAGGAAUACCGAAAGAACAGCCUUUUCUUGGCUGACAUCAAUCAGGAGCGAGGUGUCAACACGACCUACAAGAAAAACCUGAUGUCUUUGAACAAGUUUGUGAUGGUGAAGUUCCUGAAGGACACUAUGGUAGACCCUCCUGCCUCAGAGUGGUUUGGGUACUAUCGGAGCAACCAAGCUAAAGAGACCAUUCCCCUGAAUGAGACAUUACUGUACACAGAGGAUCGCUUGGGCUUGAAGGAAAUGGACCAGGCAGGAAAGCUGGUGUUCCUGGGAGUGGAAGGAGACCACCUUCACUUUUCGGAAGACUGGUUCUACAAAAACAUUCUGCCAUUUCUACAGUGAAGCUGAUGGGCUGCAGACGGAAUCGAGAAUUUUCUAAGGAAGUCACCUGUUGGGAGGCAAUUUUUGUGGCGUCUUGGGCCUAGCUGGCAUUUGCUGUCGUCAUGCCUAGAGGGAGAAUGCAUUGCCACUAACUUGCUAGAUGCUGGUUUAAGCGUUAACAUAUGUCUUUAACUGAACUCCACACCACUGCUUUAGCACAAAAUGGUCUGACCUUUAGAAUAGUGAAUUAUGUGUGGCCUCCGAAUGGCUUUGGAUUCUGUUGUCAUCAAGCUUAGCCAGCAUAACAUGUGAGGCAGGAUUUUAUCAGCUGGAGUCCAGCUUUUGGAGCGUUAUAUAUUCCCCUUCCUCAUCAAGAAGUUUUCUAGGCCAUAAACCUGCCUUCAGAUAUUUUAGAUUGUAGCUUUUAAUCCUGCAUAAGGCCCCAAAGUGAUAAACUUUAAAUGAGGCACCAGAUAGUAUUACCCUUUAAGCUUCAUCUUUUGAGGGCACUUCUGCCCAGUGUGCCAAAAACAAGGCCUAAUUCAACUGCGGCAGAGGAGAAAUCCUCAUGUGGUACUUUUUGGUGUGACUUCCAUGGUUUUGUCAGCACCAAAUGAAAUUCAAACGCUUAGGCCAAGCAGUGAAUCUACUGCAGCCUGCUAAAUUUUUUACAGAGUACUCAGGGAUGAGAUAGCUAGUAUCUCUUUCGAGGGAGGAGAAUUGCACUGAGCCUUGGGUAAUUAGUAUACAUUACUUACCUUAGGUGAUAUGGAGAGAGUAACUUGAAAGCAAGACAUAAAAGAUUGAGACAUGAAGCAUUUGAUUAAAUAUGCAGGAAAGGUGAAGUUCAACUAGAGCUCAUUUUUGGCGCAAUAGCAACUUAAGAGGAGCGUGUGGGAAACGGUUCGAACGUUGUAGUUUUUGCUUUUCUGUAUUAUGUUUUAACAAGGAGCACUAUAUGAACGUGUUCCCACUUGACACAUUCCAGUAAAGAAAUUUGAUCAUG